UUCACACUUGCCUGUAAGCUAGCUGCUAGGCUGCGAUGGAGGCGUGGCUAAGCCUGUGUUUCAUAGCCCUCAUCACUAUACUGGCCUUUUGGUUUCUCAACCUCUCGGGGACCAAGAGCAAGCCACAUAAGCCGCAGCCUCCCGGGCCGUGGACUCUCCCGAUCAUCGGCAGCCUCCACCACGUCAUCAGCGUCGUCCCGCACCGCAAGAUCACGGAGCUGCGCCGCCGGCACGGGCCACUCAUGCUCCUCAAGCUCGGGGAGGUCCCAGCCGUGAUCGUCUCCAGCGGAGAGGCGGCGGCGCAGGUGUUGAAGACGAACGACCUCACGUUCGCGACGCGGCCGGGCACCCCGACGCAGGACAUCGCCGGCUGCGGCGGCAGGGGCAUCAUCUUCGCACCCUACGGCGACCACUGGCGCCAGAUGCGCAAGGUGUGCAUCGUGGAGCUCCUCAGCGCCAAGCAGGUGAGGCGGAUGGACGGUAUCAGGCUGGCGGAGGUGGGCAGCCUCCUCCAUUACAUCGCCGGCGCCGCAUCAACCGGCGCCUCCGUUAACGUCAGCGAGAAGAUGAUGGAGCUCAGCAACGGCAUCGUGGCGCAGGCGGUGUUCGGUGGCAAGUUUGCCGAGCAGGAGGAGUACAUCCGCGAGCUGGACGUGGUGCUCACUCUGCUGGGCGGGUUCUGCCUCGUCGACCUCUUCCCGUCGUCGAGGUUUGCGCGGUGGCUCAGCUUCGGCGCGCGCCGCAUGCAGAGAAGCUACGGCUGCAUGCAGCACAUCAUUGAAAACAUCAUCGAGGAGCGAAAGGCCGCGCGAGCUGCCGGACAAUGCGCCUGCAGCGCCGAGGACGAGGACCUGCUGGACGUGCUGCUCAGGCUGCAGAAGGAGGACUCAUUGGCACCCCCCCUAACCACUGAAAGAUAUAUUUUCAGGUGCUACAGAUACCACAGGAACCAUUUUGGAAUGGGCUAUGUCGGAGCUUGUCCGUCAUCCUAA